UUUCCUUUUGACUCACUGUGUGCUCAACCCAGCCCAAUCCAUGUCUCGGUGACUAAUCUUCCAUCAUUCCUUUCUUUAAGGAAAGAAGAUGCGAGGCAGCUUCCAUUGAAAUAGUGUAGGUCCUUCAAUGUCUUUUAAUAUUGUUGACUAGCUAAUGGACUUGACCCAGUUCAGCCGAUCAACUACCGUUGACUCUGCCUCUGAAGUAUAGAUACCAAGAUCCCUAUACAGAGAUGAUGAAGAGGUUGAGAUAAAAUAGAGAGACAUUGAGAGAUGGCCUUGACGCUAUUCCUGUUGAUCAUUGUUCUUCAUGUCACAGCUUCUGCUAUUGCUCUUGUUCUUGCUUCUGAGGAGUCAACUUAUAUUUAUGUGAUUGGAACUGAUGAAGACCCCAGCUAUAAUUACUGUGCCAAUGACUCAAAUGACUGGACUCCCUUGAGAAUUACUGCACUUGUUCUUCUAUUGGCAAAUCAAGUGCUUAUGAUGAAGGCAAGCUUGUGGUUUUUCUCAGCCGAAAAGCCUUCGAAUCCAAAGACUUCAUCUCCUACUCCUUGGGCAACACUUAUUUUAAUCAUCUGUUGGACGACGUUCUUCAUCGCUGAGGCAUGGUUUUUGGUGGGUUCAGUGAGGAAUUCCGACCAGAAAAAGUACAGAGGGACCAAAUUCUAUUCAGGACUUGUCGAGUGCCAAACACCAGAAAAUGGAGUUUUUCACAGGGUGAGAAUGUUUCAGGGAGGGGCAGCAUUCAUCCUACUAUCCAGCAUCGCAUCAAAAAUGUACACUGUUUUCUAUGUUGAAGCCAAACAAAAAGAAACCGAAGAUGGCAGUGACAGCACUGGUGAGAAAUUAGGAACUGACACCCUGGUUUAGCUAAGGAGAUAUGGCAUUACUGUCUUAUAAUUAUUUCUCAAAUUGUGCUUGUUUUAGAUUCAAUCUAUUUUUGCUGCAAAAAUGCCAAUAAUAGAAUUGUAUAAGAACAAUUGGAGCAUCCAUAUUCAUGUUUGAUGACUCUGAUGAAGGAAUUUUCAUUUUUAAGCUCAAAUUAAGCAGUGAU